AUGGGAGGUUGGAAAUUAGAAGUUUUUCGCAUGGCAUGCUACGUAAGUUUUCCACUUAUGGCUAUGUUUUUAUUCAGUCGACCUGAAUUAUUCAAAGAUCAAGUUAUUGAAGCUCGAAAACGAUAUCAUCCACCACCAAAUCCUGAACGUGAUGAAUUAAUUCGACAAUUAAAAGAACGUGAACGACUUCGUCGAGAAACUGAAGUUCUUGAACAAAUGAGUCAUUUUCAAACAAAACAAAAAGAUUCAAAUGCAUCUUGA